AACCUUUCUGAAGUUACCUUCUCAUGUAUCUAUUUUCUUUUACCAUAUGUGUUUGUUGUGUUCCCACUAUAAGUGGUGUUGGUAGUUUGCACUGGUUAGAAGCUUUUCUGCCAUUUAUCUAUGUUGCUUAAAUUGGUAGAAGCUUGUUAAUUUCUUGACCAUAUUGCACGCUUAGAGAAUGUGUCGAAAAAUUACAGCUUCUGCACUCUCCUGAGGAACGCCAGCGCAGGCUGCGUGAAAUUCCUGAAGUACAUGCUGAUCCAAAUAUGAAACCAAGUAUUGGGUUUACAGAAGACAUGGGAGAGCUGAAUGAGAAGAAAAAAGAUAACCUUGAGAAACCUAGAAUUUUUUACUUUGGUAGAAAGGAAAGGGAACCUACCUCUUCACUCAAGGGAGGGGAUGCCUUGGAUGAUAUAGGAAAUAGAGAACAUAAAGCCCCAUCAUAUUCUGCUGGAAUGGAGCCAUCCGUUAGCAGUAUUGAGACAGAUAAAAUAUGGCACUAUCAAGAUCCAUCUGGAAAUAUUCAGGGACCAUUUUCCAUGACAAUGUUGCGCAAAUGGAAUGUGACUGGAAAUUUCCCUCAUGAUCUGCGAAUUUGGAGGGUAAAUGGAAAGGAGAGUGACUCCAUUCUCUUAACUGAUGCAUUAGAUGGAAAGUACUGUAAACAGACAGAUUUGUUUGAAAACAAUUCUUCAUCAAUGCUGGGCGUGAGGAUUGCCUCUGCUGAUGAAAAAAAUGACAACUGUAAGGAGGAUACAAAUGUGAAGCAGAUGGAAAGCAAAAGGAGUGAGGCAAGAUGGAACUUAGUGGAGAAUAGUGCAACUGCAUGUUGUAAUGGUGACAAUGAAUUUCUUAGGAGCAAUGAAUGUGGCGCUGACUCUUCUCCUUGUGUCACAACUGCAGAUGGUGUCAAUUCCAAUGGAGGACAAAAUGAAAGUCCUUUACCACAAGGGGAUGUGAUGAUGGUCGAUAAUCACUCACCUGGUCGGCACCAAGUGUGUAGUUCGCUUCCUUCAUCUACAUUUUCUGGACAACCAUUUGAAUCUGUAUCACAUCAGACAAGCCAAAGUCAUGAAGUUGAAGGAUGUGUCUCUGGUCAAAGUAAUGCAAAUAAUGAUGUGAACAAGACUAGUGAAGAAGAAACUGUUACUGCAUGUGGAACGGAAGGUGGCAGUGAGGGAAAAGCAAGCCAAUCUUGUGGGCAAAGCUGGAUAUCUCCACCUCCAAGUAGGCCUUCAAAUGGCUGGAGUUCGAAUUGUCGUUUAAUUUCUUUGGUCAAGGUUAUUGAAGCAGAGCAGAAUAGGGAAAUUGAUUUCUCAGAUCUUCUCAGUCCCACAGCCAAGUCAUGUCAUGGAAACUCAAAAGGCCAGGCUGCUGAAAACAAACAGUCUCCGUCUUCUAAUAUGCCUGUACAGGAUUCGGUUCCUAGUUGGAGUACUGCUUCCAGCCUAGUGGGUGGUGGACCACAGCUUCCCGAUGUUGCUGGUGAAUGGGGUGGAUAUUCCUCUACUCCAACCAAACCUGUGGAUGAAUGGGACUCAAAUCUGGUCACCCAGUCUUCUUUGAGACCAACUGAGUUGGCCAGUGAUCAUGCUGCUACACCAACUUCAGGAAACUGCCAGUUGACACAUUCCUCUCCAGCAAAUCUUGCAACUAAUAUUUCUAGUUGGCCGGAAAUUGCACAUGAACCAGUUUCAGAUCUCUCCUUGGCUGACGAGUCAGUGUCAGAUCUCCUGGCUGAAGUUGAGGCAAUGGAGUCUCUAAGUGGAUUGCCUUCCCCUACUUCAAUUUUGCGAUGCAGUGGGGAUUUGACUCAAGGUUCUGAACAUGAUUGUUUUAGUCCGGUAGAUGGGUUGAGCCCACCUCUUGAUCCUGUAAGAAGUGAUGCGUGGAGCUCCACGAGUGAUAUUCAAAUGCCUUCUCAGUCAACUGUGACCACUGAGCCUUUUGCAGUACCUCAAGCUGAAAUUCUUGGUGCUCAAAAAAGUUCUGGUGCUCAUUCCUCCACGAGUACUGAAAUGGAUGAAGAUACGAGACCUGACAACAUUUCAGCAGCAAGGCAAUCAAUAACUCAUUUUGAUGCUUCCCCUAUGACAACUUGGGGCAUGACUACCAGAGAUAGUACCUGGAGACCAGGGUCAGAAACUAGAGUAGCUAGUUGGGGAACAAUUAAUGGAAACUCAAACUUGAAUUAUGGAGGGUUCGACCAAGAAAGUAUAGUCUUGGGCUAUGGAACCGACCAUAUCAGGGUGCAAGAAAAUGGCAGCAUGAAUUCAGGCACUUACGACGAUAAUGCAGGUUAUUGGGCAAACCAAACAAGUUAUUCUGGUCCAAGAGACCGUGAUUUUCAGGGCAAAGGUUCAAGUUUUAAUAGAGGUAGAUCAUCCUGGAAUGGUAGGCAAUGAUUCCAUCCCGAUGGAAAUGGGGUUGGUUCUUACAGAGCUCCGCCCAAAGGGCAGCGAGUAUGUAAAUUUCACGAUAACGGAAAUUGCAAGAAAGGAUCCUCGUGUAGUUUUUGGCACCCUUAAAUUAGGUUACACAUCAAUUGUGUGCAUUUAAUUCUGAAUUCCAUUAUUUUGUAUCAGGAAUUUGUACCUUAAUUACCCAAAUUUAACCUGUAAAACUAUUUGGCCAAUCAGUCACACAUAAAUUAUAUAUUUAUUU